AUGGUAGCCUCAUGGAUACGACCAGCAACGUGGCGCAGGUACUACACACAGGUACCCCGAGCAACCAAGAUGGCCGUCAGGCAAAAUAGACCCCGGAGGGCCUCGGGGCAGGAUACGGCACCAGGCCUCUCGGACACACGCUCUCACCCGCGCAUAAGCAAAACUGGGACCCUAACUCCAGCGACGCACGCUACUAAAGCACCUGACCUUAUUCCUGGCUACCGGCACAGCACCAAGCGCCUCUCCCCAACCAAUACUGCGGUACGAGCGACUGUGAAACAGCACACCACAAAGAGACGCCCUGAAGCUGACUCCACUAUAAGUUACUCAUAA